AUGCGAUGCGCGAGCAAGGCCGCCGAGAGCGCGUCCGCACGUCUCUGUGCGGACGCCGAAGCAGAAACCACAGCAACUGAUGUCUCAUCGGUUGCUGAAGCGACUCAGCCUGUGUCACCUGGUGAUGCAGGCGCUAGUCAUGAAGACGCUCAUGUCUUCACAGAGUAUGAGCUCGGUGUCUCAUACUCCCCUGAUACGGAAGAGGAAUCUGUAUCGAAGGCGAUCGAAACCAAGCCGCCUGCCAAGCGUGGCAUUGAUGAUGCUAUGCGUCGUAGCAUCUUUGGUUCAUCUGACAAAUCAGAGGAAUCAUCGCCGAAGCGAAGGCGCUCGAGGUCGCGAGACUCGGGCGCUAACAGUGGUGUCGGUUCUCCUAUGGACACCACUUCGCACCGAGGUGCCAGUACUUCUGUCGGCACGUCGCAGGAAGAGCGGGACCGCAACGUGUUGCGUCUCACUCCCGAGAAGAAGGCAUGGCUGCCUCCAAAGUCUGUCAUGGAUCGCUUGUCGGCGAUGACAAGUGAUCGCUAUCGAACACGAUUGUUCGAUUCAUCAAGGAUCCAUCACCUUGACCCCAGCGCGAAAAACUAUCGCGCUGAAAAUGAGUUUUUCAUCGAUGCUUUCUUUAGACAUCGAUGGUACAGUGGGAAUCACAAGCGUGAUGGUCCCUCACUGCUUCAGGCGUGGAACGCCUACAUCCAUAUCCUUGAGGAUGUAGGUCGUGACGCUUAG